AUGGUUAAUUGGAUUCUCGGAGACAAGUUUGACACAGUCUAUCCCCACCAGGGGUCUAUCAAGGCAUUGUGGGAAAAGAAGUGGAAGUUCCCUUGCACCAAGUCCAUCUAUCCGUUCCACGAUGGAUCUCUCGAAGACUUCGAGCCGAUCUUCGAAAAGCUGAUCGCCGUAAGAAUCACCACAACCCUCCACCAAGCCAAUACUAACGGCAACCAGGACGAUGUCAACGAUGCCAGCACGGACGCAUACACCCAGGCAUUCCUCCCCACAGCAACAGCUUUGGAGAGCCAAGGAGACGAAGCCCUGAAAUCCGGCCACUUAGACCGCGCAGCAGACCUCUACCGCCGCGCAGCGGUCAUCCUCCGCAUCUCGCGCUUCCCAUAUGUCAGCCCGUCCACACGCCCAGAGACAUCCAUCAAGCGCGCCGCCUUCGACCACCAGAAGAAAGUGUACAUGAAAUCCGCGGCCCUGUGGAAGCCAAUCAUGACCGAGAAGGUCAUCCAGCACACCCACCGUGCCGGCCGCGACGGCGCCCAGAUCCCGCUGUAUGUCCGCCUACCCGAGGAAGCUAGCGCCGACAACCGUGUCCCUGUCGUGCUGCUCAUGACUGGUCUUGAUGGCUACAGACCUGAUAACAGUCAGCGUAGCCAUGAGAUUAUCAACCGUGGCUGGGCGACGGUUAUUGUUGAGAUCCCUGGUACGGCGGACUCGCCCGCUGACCCUGCGGAUCCGGAGUCGCCUGAUAGACUCUGGUCGAGUGUCCUUGACUGGAUGGCACAACAGCCUGAGUUUGACAUGUCACGUGUUGCCGCCUGGGGUCUCAGUGCUGGUGGUUUCUAUGCUAUUCGGGCGUCUUGUAUUCACCGUGAGCGUCUUAUUGGGGCGGUUGCCCAUGGUCCUGGAUCGCACUAUGUCUUUAGCCCUGAGUGGUUGGCUAAGGCCAAUGACCACGAGUAUCCGUUCGAGCUCACCACUGCCAUGGCGGAGAAGUAUGGCUACGACAAUGUCGAAGACUUUGUUCAAAAUGCUCAAAAGAAGUUCUCGCUCAUUGAAAAUGGCAUUGUCGACCAGGACAACUGCCGCUUGCUUCUGUUGAAUGGGGUUGACGAUGGUGUUGUCCCGAUUGAAGAUUCCAUGGUUCUGCUCAACCAUGGAGGUCCCAAGGAAGGCCGGUUCUUCGAGAAUAGGGUGCACAUGGGUUACCCCGAUACUCUGCCAGUGGCUUACAAGUGGCUGGAGAGUGUGUUGUCGCCUAGUAUGCAGCAAGUGAAGAACUGA